AUGAAGAUUGGCAUCAGCGUAGUGUGGUGGCAGCUGUUAAUCAAAAAUAUGACCGGUCUAAGCAAUUAUAAUAUAGCUUUAUGGGCAACUUUCUCGGCAAUUUCCUUUGCCGUGGGUUAUCAAUUAGGUCUAUCGAAGACAUCAUCGUUUAAGAGUUCAUCAGCUUCUACACCGUCUUUGAAGAAAAUGGGGACAAGAAAGGUAGAGAAUGACACUGAUGAAGAGGAAAGCGAGAGUGGAAGUGAAGAAGAAAGCGACGAGGAUGAAGAUAUCGAAUCCACUUCACUGAACAACAUACCUGGAGAAGUUAGGAUGGCAUUGGUAAUCCGUCAAGAUCUCGCCAUGACAAAAGGCAAGAUAGCAGCACAAUGUUGUCACGCAGCGCUAUCGUGUUUCAGGCAUAUUUCAAUGGACCCCGCGCGUGCUUCGUACAAUCCCGUCAUGACUCAGAGAUGGUUGCAUGCUGGGCAAGCUAAGAUCACCUUAAAAUGUCCUGACAAAUUUACGAUGGAUGAGUUGUAUGCGAAGGCUAUUUCUCUUGGGGUAAACGCAGCGGUUAUUCAUGACGCCGGUAGAACGCAGAUUGCUGCCGGAAGUGCUACUGUUUUAGGCUUAGGACCUGCUCCGAAAGCAGUACUAGAUCAAAUAACUGGUGAUCUAAAACUAUAUUAA